AUGGAAUACAGCAAAGAGCAGCUCAACUACUACAGGAUUUGUUACGUUGUCACUGAUGUAUUAACUGAUGGUCUGCGUAUAAUCUUCAAACAAGAAUGGGACAAUCGCUACGGUACAACAACGUCAGGGGAAUGGAAGGAUGAACCAAGAAAUGGAGUGGACUUUAAAAACAAGGAAUCUGCUCAAAACCAAAAAAAAAAUUCGCGUCUCCUUACAACCAUGAUUGGCGGAAACAGAGCAGAAUGGGAUUGUACGAUGCUUUUCUAUGCUAUUCUUUACUCAGAUUGUAUUCACAGCCUCAGCCCAGUUGUCAAAUCAAAUGUCGAUGCCCUCAGAAAGUUUCGAAAUGAAGAUUUUGCGCACAUGUCGGAAGGAAACCUUUCAGACCUGCAGUUUCAAAACAUCAUUGGCAAAGUUGACACUGCAUUUCAAGCGCUCCGUCUUUCCACAAUGAAAAUUCAAGAGAUUAAGAAUCAAACGAGCUUUCCCACGGAGGAACUGAAAGAUGUCUUGAAAAUGGUUGACGAUCUUAAGCAGGAGCUUCAGGAGAAAGAGUGCGAAAGACAGGUCCUUGAAGAUCAGUUAAACAAUGAUAUCUCCCCCUUCUGCGUCCUCCCUCCUAAACCCUCACAUGACGUAACAAGUCGCGACCGAGAGGUGGCCGAAAUAAUGCAACAGCUUAGAGAACUUAAAACAGCAAAUAAAGACAGGUUAAGUUACCUUUACAUCUCCGGAAAUCCCGGAAGUGGAAAGUCUCAACUAGCGGGUCUUGUGACUGAACGAUUCUACAAAGAUCUUCCGGAUGGUACCUCAUUUGUGAUGACGAUAAAUGGUGAAAGUCCAGAUACUGUGCUACAAUCGUAUGUGGCUUUUUCACGGCGUCUUAAGUGUCCCGAGUACGCGGUGACAACCACCCUCCAUUCAAAGGACUUGACAACAAAUGAGAAAAUCACCAAUCUUAGGGCAUUGAUCGGAACGAAAAUUGGGCUUUAUACAUCGUGGCUGCUCGUAGUUGAUAAUGUCGCGAGUCUAUCACAUGUGCAUGUCCAUCUACCCGAAGCCGAAAAUGAGAUGUGGGCAAGAGGCCAGUUGCUUAUCACAACUCAAGACAGUGGGUCAAUUCCUCCAGCAAGUUCCUUCAACAAACACAUCUCAAUAAGCAACGGAAUGAAUCUUGAUGAUGUCAGUUGUUUAUUGGAAAAGCUCUCAGGAAUCACGAACAAGGAGAUGGAAAUCAAAGUUGCUCAGGCGUUGGACUACCAGCCUCUCGCCUUGGCAAGUGCCGCCACUUAUGUCAGAGAAGUUCAACAGACAUCUAAUUUUGGCUGGAAAGACUAUCUUGCAAAACUUGAAGCAGGCCAAAGAAAUGCAAUGGAGACAUUUCUUGCCGAAGUCAACCCAAGCUAUGCAAAGUCCAUGACCACAGCAACAACACUGGCCGUAGAAACAGCUAUGGAAUCCAACAAAAUUAUCCAUCACGCCUUUAAUUUCCUGUCCCUGUGUGCACCUCAACCAUUAAGUCUUAAUAUCAUGGAAGACUUUAUCACAAGUGUGGAUAAAGAAAUUCAAGACAUAGAGAUGAUUCGUUUGAAGAUACAAAAAUGCUCCCUGCUGAUGUCUGAAAGAGACAGAACUGACGUUUACAUUCGUGUGCAUCAGGUUGUACAUAAUUCCAUUAAGACUGUGGCUGCAGCUCAUUUGGAUGAUAAGCACAACGAGGUCGUUAGUGGAGUGAUUGGAUCAUUCAGUCGUUUUGUAGAAAAAUAUAUAUCGAGGGACAACGACGAGUUCUGUGCUCUAAUAAACAGCAGACAUAUUACUCAUUUGAAAAAUUUAGCCCCAGAACUUGAGAAAUAUUUUUCUAAGAAGGUUAUUUCUCAAGUGGACGAACGUGGCUUUUUGAUCGAGAACCAUGCGAUGGACCUUGAUAGAAUGAGCCUGUUUUGCUUUAAUCAUUGUGAAUACGAAACUUCAAGACGUUUCAUCAAUAUGGCAUUAGACGUAUCUAUUGUCAACGAGAACGACCCUGGCUUAGUUAUUGCAGCUAUCUGCAGACACAUGGGUAAAGUGCUCGAAAGGCUGGGCGAACUGAGUAAGGCAAAAGAUUAUUAUGAUCGAGCACUGGCCAUUUCUCUGAAAAAGCUUGGACCUGACCAUGUUCACGUUGCAAAUUCUUACGAUGGCCUGGGUAUUGUACACGCUAGGCUGAGUGACCUGAGUCAGGCAAAGGAUUAUCAUGAUCGUGCACUGGCCAUUCGUCUGAAAAUGUUUGGACCUGACCAUCUUGACGUUGCAACUUGUUACUAUAACCUGGCUAUCGUACACGAGAGGCUAGUUGACCUGAGUCAGGCAAAGGAUUAUCAUGAUCGUGCACUGGCCAUUCGUCUGAAAAAGCUUGGACCUGACCAUGUUCACGUUGCAAAUUCUUACGAUGGCCUGGGUAUUGUACACGCUAGGCUGAGUGACCUGAGUCAGGCAAAGGAUUAUCAUGAUGGUGCACUGGCCAUUCGUCUGCAAAAGCUUGGACCUAACCAUGUUCACGUUGCAAGUUCUUACAGAAGCCUGGGUAUUGUACACGCUAGGCUGAGUGACCUGAGUCAGGCAAAGGAUUAUCAUGAUCGUGCACUGGCCAUUCGUCUGCAAAAGCUUGGACCUGACCAUGUUCACGUUGCAAGUUCUUACAGUAGCCUGGGUAUUGUACACGAAAAGCUGGGUCUCCUGAGUCAGGCAAAGGAUUAUCAUGAUCGCGCACUGGCCAUUUGUCUGAAAAAGCUUGGACCUGACCAUCUUGACGUUGCAACUUGUUACCAUAACUUGGCUAUCGUGCACGAGAGGCUAGGUGACCUGAGUCAGGCAAAGGAUUAUCAUGAUCGUGCACUGGCCAUUCGUCUGAAAAUGUUUGGACCUGACCAUCUUGACGUUGCAACUUGUUACCAUAACCUGGCUAUCGUACACGAGAAGCUAGGUGACCUGAGUCAGGCAAAGGAUUAUCAUGAUCGUGCACUGGCCAUUCGUCUGAAAAUGUUUGGACCUGACCAUCUUGACGUUGCAACUUGUUACCAUAACUUGGCUAUCGUGCACGAGAGGCUAGGUGACCUGAGUCAGGCAAAGGAUUAUCAUGAUCGUACACUGGCCAUUCGUCUGAAAAUGUUUGGACCUGACCAUCUUGACGUUGCAACUUCUUACCAUAACCUGGCUAUCGUACACGAGAAGCUAGGUGACCUGAGUCAGGCAAAGGAUUAUCAUGAUCGUACACUGGCCAUUCGUCUGAAAAUGUUUGGACCUGACCAUCUUGACGUUGCAACUUGUUACCAUAACUUGGCUAUCGUGCACGAAAGGCUAGGUGACCUGAGUCAGGCAAAGGAUUAUCAUGAUCGUGCACUGGCCAUUCGUCUGAAAAUGUUUGGACCUGACCAUCUUGACGUUGCAACUUGUUACCAUAACUUGGCUAUCGUGCACGAGAGGCUAGGUGACCUGAGUCAGGCAAAGGAUUAUCAUGAUCGUGCACUGGCCAUUCGUCUGAAAAAGCUUGGACCUGACCAUGUUCGCGUUGCAAUUUCCUACGAUUGCCUGGGUAUUGUGCACGCUAGUCUGGGUGACCUGAGUCAGGCAAAGGAUUAUCAUGAUCGUGCACUGGUUAUUCGUCUGAAAAAGCUUGGACCUGACCAUGUUCACGUUGCAACUUCUUACCAUAACCUGGCUAUCGUACACGAGAAGCUAGGUGACCUGAGUCAGGCAAAGGAUUAUCAUGAUUGUGCACUGGCCAUUCGUCUGAAAAAGCUUGGACCUGACCAUGUUGACGUUGCAAAUUCUUACAAUAGCCUGGGUGUUAUACACAUAAAACUGGGUGAUCUGAGUCAGGGCAAAGAUUAUCAUGAUCGUGCACUGGCCAUUCGUCUGAAAAAGCUCUGACAUGAGCACAUUAAGGUCAUAGCUGCUUGCAUUGACUCGGGGCUUGCGCACGCAUACUGUUCUAUUAAUUUUUAGUUUUAUUCUCCUUCUUCGCCUUCACUGCCGUCUCGAAUUCAUUGUCAAUAAUCUCCUCUGCAUCUUCCGUCUCUUCAUUCUCUUCUUCCCAAACUGCAUCGUCUUCUGAGCCGUCUGGCGCAUUCGCGAUUCCACAGGAUUUGAAUGACUGCUCAAUUAAAUCUUGAGGAAUUCCGUUCCAGACGCGAUUGAUCCAGGUCAACACCAGUUCUUUGCUCGGCGCUCUCUUCUUUCCAGAUGGGGUAUACGUGAACGGGCCAUUUACUGUCCAUGUUUCAUGCAGCAUUCGGAGUUUGACUUUGAAAGGCUUGUUUAUGCACUUGUCUAGGGGCUGCAAAACUGACGUCAGGCCACCGGGACUAACAGCAACAUCAAAAGUUCGUCUCGCACUGUUCGGUUGCCCGUGAAUUCGAGGGUUCUUGUGGCUGGCAGCUCAAAUCGCAUGGGAGUUUCGUCCGUGUCUCAAGAUGUGGCUUAACUGGUAGUCAUGACGUCACCGGGCCCGCAACGCAAACCGAUGGAAUUCGACAAUCUUCUCUUCCAUGUCUGCUGGUAGACGCUGCGCCAAAGUUGUUUUCGCCCUCAUAGAUACAGCGUUGCGACGUUUCCAGGUGUUGUACCACCCUGUAGAUGCCUUGAACUCCGGAUCGGAGCUGAGUUCCUUCGCCUUUAACCGGAGCAUUACGCUAUUAACUGAGAGACCUGCAAAAAAUAGAACGGUACAGUGUUAAAGGACAAGGUAUUUUACGUGCACGUGUUGCAUGUUAACACUGAUCUUCUGGAUUGUUAAUCAAUUAGCGCAAAUUGAAGACAAAACAAUUCUUUAUCGUACCUUGACUUCUUUGAUCGUUAAACCAGUCUGCUAAGCGUUGAUCCAGUUCUGGAUAUUUUGGUUUGUACCGACCUAUGGAUGCACGUUUGGCAAUCAUCUUUAACUCGCCAUUAAACAGCAUGUGCUGUUGGUUUCGCCAUUUGCGAACCAUUGACUUGGAUAUUCCGUACUCGCGUGCAAUUUUAACGAACGUGUAUCAUAACAGAGGAUCAUUGUGGAAAGAUUUAAAAUCACAUGCUCUAAUUUUUAAAUCAAUUCAUUUUUAAAAGUUCUUCCAUGUAGAUUUGUUCUCGAAUUGUUUUGCUGUUGUCUUUCAUGUGACAAUUCGCAGUCGAUCUCAAUCGCACAAAUCGGUGUCCUUGUCGUUAUUGUGAAGUUCUUUAUUUAAUGCUGUCUUCUUCUAAUCACAGCCUGCUUCUAAGAUUCGCUGAUGACACAUUUGACCCUGACAUUGGAUCCACCAUAGGUAAGAGUUAAAAAGAAAUGAGACUCUGAAAUCUUCACGACACUGAGUCAUUUUGAAAAAUCUAGUAGUAAUUCAUAUAGGGCUGUAUUUUGGCCUUUGUUUAUACUUUGCCUCACAUAAUUCUUGGAAAAAAAUAAGUGAAACACAAAGACAACCCGUCUGCCAUUUCAAAAUAUCUUAACCCUUUAACUCCUAAGAGUGAUUGACAUCUAAUUUCUCCUCACAAUAUCACCUCUGAACCAAACGUUAAGGUCACAAGAAUAACACAAAUGAUUGUAAACUAAAGAAACUCUUGAUUGUGAAGCAAAUUCUCCUUAUCAGCACCUUAGGAAAUGUUUAGAGAACAGGAUGGAGAAUAUAGAUAUCCAUGUUAGGUUGCAAAGGUUUAAUUACAACUUUUUGCAUUUUGUACUCUUUCAUCAUAUCCUUUUAAGGGAUGGGAAUCAAUUGUUCCUUUGAAGUCUUUUCAUGGUUGUAGUUACACUCUGUAGUCAACUCUCUUAUAAACAGACACCUUUAGGAAUUGAGAGAAAAGUGUCUGUUAGUAGAGCUGUCUGCCUAUUAGCAUAAAUCGCAUAAGUGGACACCAAAGAAAUAUAGGGGUGAUAUCUGAUUACAGGAGAGUUCAUAAGCAGGUAUUAAAUGAACUUUUUUUGGCCAAAUGGAGAUUUGAAUAAACAGAUCAUCACUGUUCUGUUACCUUGUCAAAGGAGAUAUUUUUGUUGAUUUGCAAAUUAAAGACAAAUUUCAUUGCCAAGAGUCAAUUAGUAUGUAUGGGGUGUCAGCUAUCAUGAGAGGAUAAAUAAAAGAACAAUCUAAUUUUCACUUUCAUAAGUGUCUGCAACUGUUGACAAGGGAGUGUUAGCUGACUGGAAUGGGUAAAAACAGAGUCUGACUAAGAGGUGAAAAAAGUGUCUGUAAAAAGAGCUGACUACAUACAAGAUUGUUCAUUAGCAGAGAGUUGAUUGUACAAAUAAAACCUUCUACUGGUAUUGCACAGUUUAUGCUUCCUGUCCUAAAGAUCUGGACAUUAUGUGCUUUGUAACCAGCACCAAAGAUAUUUAUGUAUAUGUAUCCUCUAGUCAUACUUAAAACCAUUACAGUGUGCUGUUUGGCCAGCUCUUAAAUAACCUUUUGUGCUCAGUUGUUCAAAAGCUAGAAAAAACUAACCAACUAAAUGACCUGCUAUCUGAUCGAUAGCAUAGCCUGUAUUGCUAUCACCAGCAGUUAGCAAUUUAUGGGAUAAAUUGUACUGUCCAGCUUGAAGCAAUGGCACCAGGUCAUCAGUACUUUGUUAUGAAAUCAUGUAGCCAUUGUUUUCCAGUUAACCCUUUGCAACCUAACAUCAGUGUGCAUAUUCUCCAUACUGUUCUCUAUACAUCUCCUAAGGUGCUAACAAGAAGAAUUUGUCUAAGAAUCAAGAGUUUCUUUUUUGGUGAUCAUUCCCUUUAUUCUCAUAACCUUAAUGUGUGAUUAAGGGAUGAUGUUGUGAGGAGAAAUAGAAUACAGUGGUCACUCUAAGGGUGAAAGGGCCAAGAUCCAUUUCUGUUAUUGCAUGAUAAGUGAUGUCUUUGUUUCAAGGUUCUUGUUUUGAAGAAAAAAAUGGUUCAUAUCAUUCUGGUUUUUAGUGAUAGUACUGUUUGUUUGUUUGUUUGUUUUUUUUACAUGAACCUUUCUGUACAGGUGUUGACUUCAAGGUUAAAACUUUGACUGUGGAUGGAAACAAAGCAAAACUAGCAAUUUGGGUAAGAACUGCUGUUGAUGAAUGAUGACACAACUGUAAUUCAUGAUGCUUGAGUGACAGCUAAGGUUUACUGUCGAAUUACUUUAUAAUUAAUUUGAUAAUUCGUUUUGAUAGUUUAAUGGUUAUAACAUCACUUUUCUGUUUCAGGACACAACAGGGCAGGAACGCUUCAGAACACUGACUCCCAGCUACUACAGGGGAGCACAAGGAGUUAUUUUAGGUACUAGAAAUAAAAUGAUUUUCACCUCCUAAUUACUUGCUGUCAUCACUCUUUAAAAAAAAUUGUCUUGUUGAUUUUGUAGUGUGAGAGAAGGUGACAAAAUUGCAGCAUUGAUAUUGAUACACAGUAGUUUUCAAACUAAUAGAAACUUAAGCAUUUCUUAACUUUCAGUGGUGAGUUGAAAUUUAUGUUGGUGUCAAAUCACCUCUGAAAAUUAAUAAAUGCUGAAAUAGUUUGCAUUAAGUUUCCCCUGAUUUCCUAUGCUAACAACAUCAAUGGUACAUACCAUAUAGUUCCUCAAAUAAGUUCCCAGGUGCUGAUUUAAAAUUCUGGUGGAAAGGACAGGCACUUAUUUGAAGGAGGGCACUUAUUCAAGUGGGUGCCUAUCUAAGUUAGCGCAGCAAUAGGGGAAAGCUAUAAAGAACAGAUACUGUACGUAAAGGAACUCUGCAAGCACAUAGAGAUAGAGAUGAGUGGUGAAAGUGGCUUCAGGGAAAAGAAACUAUUCUCCUGCACUGAUCUUGCUGUAGUUGAAGCUUCAAAAGUUGUAAAUAAACUGUUAACAGAGACAGGUUUUUCUUUUAUCCUUCCUAUCUAAAAUUGUGAGGGAGGGAGGGGUCCUUAUUCAAGAGGGUUGCUUGUUUAACUUAAUGGCCAAGGGGGUGGGCACUUCUUUGGAAAAGGGCAUUUAUUAGAGCAUGAGCACUUAUUCAUUGAGGAAAUACGUUAUUCAGUGAAAGUUCUCAGUGCUUCAUCGUGUUUGUUUUCAAUCACUAAUUUUAAUCGUACAGUCAUGGAUGAGAUUGUUCAUGAUAGCAUUAAAGAAAAUCUUGUUUUUUUCCCUUUAGUUGAGAAAGUGGAAGAAUGGCUCGAUGAAAUAGAAAUGUAUUCAACAAAAAAAGACAUCAUAAAAAUGCUUGUUGGCAACGAAAUAGACAAGGUACAGUGAAACUUUUGUGUUUUUAUAUUAGACCAGAUUAUUAUUACUGAUUUUUAUUAUUAAAAACUGGAGUCUUCUCCCUCAAUUUGAACCUAGAGAUAAAAUGAAUAUCUUACCAACCUUGGUGGUCUAUACUAUAAGUUAUGGAACUUUUUUUUUUUUUUUUUUUUUUACUCAUACUUAGACUUAGCAUUAUUUCUUAAGCUGUUGUGCUUAAUUAAUACUCCUAUCUUCCAAUAUUCCUAAACUUUAGAAAUCUCUUGUGGGUACAUGUAUUUGCUUGGUACAGGAUUAACUGUAAUUUCAUACAGUAAAGUUUUGUGCACGCUUGAUGUGCCAGAAAUUCAGAUUUGCAUACUGUGCUUUUUAGAAGGGUUGUGAAGUUGAUAGAAAAUGGAGAUUACAAUUUGCAAGAAGACAUUCCAUGUUAUUUAUUGAAGCAAGGUUAGUGUCAGCUUGAGUAAUAAAUAUUGAUUCCACUGAAAUCAAGGAUCAAAUGGUUUUUUUUUUGAACGGCCACCUAUGUAAUGGCACAAGAUGGUGUGGUGAAACAACUAUGAAGAUAAUUGUUCAGGGACUGGAAGAAUGACAAAAAGAAAAAUUAAAGAAAAUAGUUAUUUUAUGUUCAAAUGUUUGUACUUUUUAUGAAAAAAAGCCAUAAUUUUAAUUAGAGUAUGUAUCAAAAUUGUACAGAAAGGUGGUAAAGAGUUUCUUUUAACCCUAUAACUUCCCAGAUCUAAUUGUUAAUUCUCCCCUCUAGCUGUUACACAUUUCCUUGUAAAUUACUUGGGAGAAUUUGGUGUCAUACCAUAAUUAUAACUUCUAUCUGAUAAGUUUAAGUAUUCUCAUUACCUGUUUGCUGGAUAAUGUAUGGAUAUUAUAAUGAGAAGUUAUAUGUUAAUCAUUUCUGGGAAUUAAAGGGUUAAUUAGUUUUUAGCUGGUGAUCAAAAUGGUAUCCUGUCUUUCAACAAAAUAACUGUACAUUGUGUCAUCUAAGUUUUAUUUUUGAUGAAGAAAUGUUGCUUUUUUUUUUUGUAGUGCAAGAACAAGAGAGGGGGUUCAACUUGCUUUUGAGGAACUAGUAGAGAAGGUAUUUAAACAACUGAGCAAUUAAAAUGUUGUACAAUGUAAUAUUAUGGAGGACAUAGAGGCUGUGACCCUUUAACUCCCAUUGGCUUCCAGCCAUCAUGGGUUAUGAGCUAUUACAUCAUGCUCUACAAAUAUGAUAAGGGUGAUCAUAAAAAAGUAAAGUUUAUAAAAUAAAGUUGGGAAGAUUAUUUUGGGGUGUUUUUAGAUCUAAUCUUAACAGCAGUCUAGUGUAGUGUGCAAGGGUUGGGCCCAAGGUGGUCCUUUUACUUUGAUUCAUAAUUUGCAUAUUCCCAGGGCAUUUUAUUGAUAUAUGUAAAUGACUUUGCACAAUUCUCUGAAGUGAGCCUAAAUUUAUUUCUGUUAAUUGUUUGUCUGAGGUCACCAAACAAGGCGAGAGAUUUAACUAAGAAGUACAUGUCAAUACAGAAGCAUCUCUAAAUUAUUGAAUUUUUUAAGUAUAGAUUUUUAAAAGGAAAAUCACAAACUGCAAAUGCGCAACUUGUUCAUCUCACAGAAAUCUGCCAUGACUUAAAAUUAGAAGUCACUGCCAUCUUUACAUACAGGUUAUUGUCCAAAAUGUGUGGGUUAUAGUGUAAAAUUUAAAGAAUAUUGAUAAAUGUCGAACAAAUAGAUUGUCAUUGAUUGCAGUCAUCAUAACAAGAAUAUUAAGGCUACAGAAGCUUUAUCAUGCAAAAAAAAUUAACAACUACUUCUGGCUCAAGAUUGAUUGUAGCACUUUAAUUUUGAGUCAUGCCCUUUUUAUAAGAUCCUAAAUUGUUUUUUUUUUCUUCGACUUUAACUUUGACUUAAAGGUUUUGAAUGCACAAGUUGAAGUUUGGGAAAAUAUAAUUAUAAUAUAUUAUUAUUAACAGAUUUGAAACAAUGCUAAACAUUGCAUAGUUGCAUUUUUAGACUUACACUGAUGGUCCUCUUAGCAUUAACAUGACAAGGGAAUCUAAAAGUUGAGUUGGACAAGUUAAGGUUUGCGGAUUGGUUCCACAGAGAUGUUUCUGAUAAUUUUCUUUCAUUUUGCAGCAAAUUUGACGACCUUUGUAAGGAAACUGCAGUGGAAAGCAAUGAAUUGGUAAGUUUAUUUGGACCAAAAUGUGAAUUCCCCUGAGAGAGAGAGAGAGUUCUAGUUUCCUUCAUUCAUGACAGACACAGAAUUUUCUUUCAGUUAUUUUACAGCAAGACCUUUUAGUCAGUGUCUCAAAAUUCAUUUUAUAAUCUUGUAGACUGCAGACUAGCAAUGCAUUCAUACUACUACUGUCUCAACUUCCACAUGGAUACUAUAAAUACAAUAAAUUUAUUUUUGUGGGUAUGUGUGUGUGUAAUAUCAAUAUAUGGUAACUUAAUGCAUCAAAAUUUUAGGUCAAUUCACUUAUAUUUUAAGACUGAAGUUGCGCAGUUAAAACCUAAUACAUUUAUUAAUUUUUCUUUUCAAUUAAUUCUUAAAAUUGGAUUAGAUUUUGGCUGUGUGGAGAUUUAGGACAGAAGUUAACCCCUUGCACCUUAAUAUCAGUAUGCAUAUUCUCCAUACUGUUCCCUAUACAAUUCAUAAGCUGCUGACAAGGAGAAGUUGUUCAACAGUCAAGAACUUCUUCAGCUGGUGAUCAUUUUUAUUGUUAUUGCCUCCCAUGGAAGCAAAGCCAUUAUGUUGUCCUGUUGAGUUGGAUGAGGGUGACAAUAGAAGACAAAUGACCUCUUCAUCCACAACAGAGUCUGCCGAGUUUUACCUGAUAUUCUUCGCAAUGAUAAAAUUGAAAAAAAAUCUGCUCUAUUUAUUAAUUUAAUAUUGCUCAGUUCCAAGAAAACUGAUAUUUGAAAUAUUCACUAAUCUAUAACUAUUCAAUUAAAAAGUGAUAAACUUCCAUUGCAAACAUCUGUACAUAAGUUACAAAUGGUGCACAUGUCCUCAAGAAAAGAAGUCAAGUCUUUCUUUCUGCAUCAUCAUACAACCUCUGGUUCUUUUCAUUGCUAUUAAAAAAAUUGUGCUAUGUCAGUAGCAAUAUGCAUAUGUUGGUUAUUCAUAGCCAUAUGUUGGUUUCUUAACUGCCUAUUUUCUUUAUUAUUGUGACCUUAAUGUUUGAUUCAGGGGUGAUAUAUAUUAUGAAGAAAUGCUAGUCACUCUUAGGGUCAAAGGGUUGAUUAACACAAUUUCAGUUCUGGAGGAAAUUGUAGUUAAACUGUUGCAACUCUUCUAAAUGUAUAGUAUUGUUGUACAUGUAGUUAUUUCUCUUGAGGUGUCUUUCCUGGAUGGAAAUUUCAUCCUGUAUCUUCCAGAUGUUUAAAAAGUGAAGUUCUUAACAAAAUACGUUUUGUGCUUUUUGUUUUGUUGUAGGCAUCCUCACUUGAUGUAAUGAAAUCUGCAGCAAGGAAGUUCAUUGAUUUUGUUAACAAUGGUCCCUCGCCUUACCAUG